AUUCCAUUUGACUCCGCCCCUUAUGACUCCCCUCUCGGUGUGAUGUUUAGGUCCAUGUGAUUUCCUCCAUUUCCAGCUGGUUCCUCUCUUUUCGACGGGAGUUUGGAUCUCGCUGAACUCCUCGUGCUCUGGAUUAAGUCGCUGUCUUCGGAAACACCACAGAUAUGGCGGACCUGGAUAGUUUCUUCGCCAAAAAGGACAAGAAGAAGGUGAAGGGGAAGAAGUUCACGACCACCGAUGAAAUUGCACGUCGACUGGAAGAGACAGAGAAGAAACACGAACAGCAACAAGGGAAUAAGGCGAAGGCGGUCGAACCCGUCAAGAAACUCGAGGAGAACUGCGAGGACGCGCCUGUGGUCGUGGAAGUCAUCCCGAAGAAGG